AUGUCCUCUCCAACGGGCCCAAUCACCACCCCCCUUACAACCCUCCUCGGCAUCAAACAUCCUAUCAUCCUCGCCGGCAUGGCUCGCACCUCGGGGGGCCGCCUGGCCGCAGCAGUAUCCAACGCCGGCGGCCUGGGCGUCAUCGGCGGCUUCAUGUACACGCCUGACCAACUUCGCGAAAUCAUCGCCGAGCUCAAAACCCAUCUGCGCGAUCCGAACCUUCCCUUCGGUAUCGACCUCGCUUUGCCCCAGAUCGGCGGGAACGCGCGCAAAACGAACCACGAUUAUACCGGGGGCAAGUUGGACGAGUUGAUCGAUAUCACAAUUGAGAGCGGGGCAAAGUUGUUCGUCAGUGCUGUUGGCGUGCCGCCGAAGAGGAUUAUUGAUAAGCUGCAUGCGGCGGGGGUGCUAGUGAUGAAUAUGGUUGGGCACCCGAAGCAUGCUGUUAAGGCGCUGGAGCUGGGUGUGGAUCUGGUGUGUGCGCAAGGUGGAGAGGGAGGAGGACAUACGGGCGAUAUUGCAGGGACGGUGUUGAUCCCGGCGGUCGUGGAUGUUGCGAGGAAGUACAGACCGCCGAUGCUAAACGGGCAGUCGGCGAUGGUGGUUGCUGCAGGUGGAAUUUCGGAUGGAAGGGGUCUAGCGAGCGCUUUGAUGCAGGGUGCGGCAGGGGUUUGGGUGGGCACAAGGUUUGUUGCGAGUUUGGAGGCUGGGUGCAGUGAGGAACAUAAGAAGGAGGUGGUGAGCUGUGGGUUUGAUGAGACCGAGAGGACGUUGGUGAUUAGUGGGAGGCCGUUGAGGAUGAAGACGAAUGAUUAUAUCAGGAAGUGGCAUGCUCAGCCGCAAAAGAUUGAUGAACUGUGCAGCAAGGGGAUCGUCCCGCUUGAAUGGGAUCUCAAGCAGGGUAAUGAGGUCGAUUUGCCGCACUUGAUGGGACAAGUGGCUGGUAGGAUCCAGAAGGUCCAGCCGGCCGGUGAGAUUGUGGAUGAGAUGGUCGCUGAAGCUGUGGAAAGGUUGAAAAUGGCACAGGUGUUUUUGAAUGGAGACAAGAGCAAGCUCUAA